CUCGGCCAAUGAGCCAACAUUACAUCAUGUUCUAUGAGGAAAUAGCAAGAAGUGUAUUUGAGAUAUAAGUUUGAGGUGUUUUUUUUGUGUGUUUUGUUUUCUCAAAUGUAUGCAUUGGCCACAAACAUGAGUAUAGGACAUUACUUGAGUUAAUGGAAUAUGAACUUCUAAAAGUGAGAUUUUCACUGGACAGCUACUUUAAGACCCAUUGACUCUGCUUGUCUAGUAGACAGAAGAAUUGUCUUUCUCGCCCUACCUGUUUCUCUACCUGUUUCUCUCUGUUACCAGUCGGGGGUCAGAUUCAAGGAAAGACCACCCACAGCAGCAGGUCACACCUCAGUGUAGUUAUGUGCGCUCCCAACAAAACAUGAGACAGAAAUGACAUUGAGAAGAAAUGCAUGAAUUCCUUUGGCCCUGGUAUUUCACAGGGCUGUGUGUAGGAGUCUGCUAUGGUAAUAAUCACAAUAGAAUCACCAAGUACAUUGACAUGAACCAGGAAGUUGACCUGGUGAACAACAGUAAACAGAAUGUCCAGACAGGAUAUGUAGAUGAAGAAGUGGCUCAUAAUCCACAUAGUAUGAGUAGAUGGGAUUGUGACAUGUGUUGAUGAAGAAUUGGCUCAUAAUCCACAUAGUAUGAGUAGAUGGGAUUGUGACAUGUGUUGAUGAAGUCCUUUAUGACUGAUUGCAUUUGUCUUGUUUUGUGUUAAUGUACGUGGUGUUUUAGUUCUGUUUUAUCGAGACAGUAUUAAUUAUUAAGCCUUUAUUUGGGCAUUUAAGCCUGGACAUACAAUGUACUUAGGGUCUAUGGAACCUGGUCAAAAGUAAUGGACUAUAUGGGACACAGCCUCACUGAUUCUGUCAAAAGUAAUGGACUAUAUGGGACACAGCCUCACUGAUUCUGUCAAAAGUAAUGGACUAUAUGGGACACAGCCUCACUGAUUCUGUCAAAAGUAAUGGACUAUAUGGGACACAGCCUCACUGAUUCUGUCAAAAGUAAUGGACUAUAUGGGACACAGCCUCACUGAUUCUGUCAAAAGUAAUGGACUAUAUGGGACACAGCCUCACUGAUUCUGUCAAAAGUAAUGGACUAUAUGGGACAGCCUCACUGAUUCUGUCAAAAGUAAUGGACUAUAUGGGACACAGCCUCACUGAUUCUGUCAAAAGUAAUGGACUAUAUGGGACACAGCCUCACUGAUUCUGUCAAAAGAUGUCAAACCAAGUUUUGAGAGGCUGUGCCAAAGCCUGUAUCACCCUACUCUGUUUGCAAUGUAUUGGUCUAUAGACUCACGACUGUUCAGUGUUACUAAUGUAUUGGUCUAUAGACUCACGACUGUUCAGUGUUACUAAUGUAUUGAAACUGUGCUUCAAUAAAUGUUUUCGACUUGUAACACAGCUGCCUUCUCUUACAUCACAGAUCAGCCUUGCACACUUACACAUUUCACACUCCGUCUACCCACACCCACAGAUGCACAGAAUCCCAAAGAUGGUGUGAAACUUCUAAAGAAGUAGAGCUCUGCAUCUAACCAGGAAAUGGACGUUGACACAGGAAACUGGUGGUCAUGUUUUCACAUGGUGCAUCUCUGAGGGAAGCCAGUAUCAGAUAUGAUUGGUUUCCAACCGUCUAAGAGGCAAGCUGCACAGACUAGUGGCUAAAGGAGAACAGAGAAGUGGAACGCAGGGAAACUAGUUCAGAUGAGUCCCUUUUCAUUUACUAGGAAAGGAAGGGACUGACAGCUAUAUGUCUGGUUUUAGAGUGGCGGAAGAGAUUCUGUUUCCAGGAAACCCAGAUCCUUUGUGACAGUUAUGACACGCAGUGGUGGGUUUGAUAUUGGAAUGAAGGAAGUGGUGGGUUUGAUAUUGGAAUGAAGGAAGUGGUGGGUUUGAUAUUGGAAUGAAUGCAGUGGUACGGAGUGAUGCACCCUGGACCGUCACUGGCUUUAGCAAUCAUCGCAUGUUUUCUGCAGAUAUACUUCUGUGAAAGUCGCUGGGACAAGGAAGAAGGUUUGAAGCCAGGCUCCGAGACGUACGGCUACAAAGCUUUCUCUGGGGAGGGGUUUGUCAUGCAAUGUACCAAACCACAGUCCGCCGGUCUCUGUGAGCGCCUCUACAACAUCACAGGCAGCUCUGAGGAAGCUGAUUGGUCGAAGGCCAAGGGGGAAACCAACAGAGACAGAGAUGACGGGGCCGUGACAGGACGGGGGAACGCGCUCUGGUUCUCUACCGUUACUGCAAAGGACUCUGGGAAGUACACAUGCCACACAGGUGGUAUGGUGAUCCACGUCUAUGUGGAGGUGCUGGAGAGGGCCAGCCUGGGGUGCAGGGACACAGAGGAGAACAGAGUCACUCUGGUUCUGGGCAAAGGUGGCAGGAUCCCAUGCCCUGGGAUCAAAUGUCGGACACAGAGGUCAGAGGUCACAUGGUACAAGGAUGCCAGGCCUGUGUGUGAGAUACAGGAUAAGAGGACUAUCUCUGUGGUAGACCGGGAUACUCUUCUGCUGGGGACUGUCUAUGUGAGUGAUGCUGCAGUGUAUUUCUGUGACUACACCUACGAAGACAACGGGAUCCCCUGGACAGUCAGGAGAUCUGUUAACGUCUCGGUCAUACCCGCUGACACCAAAGACCCUCCACAGAUUACUUAUCCCCAUGGCAACGAGGAGGGCGUGGAGCUGGGGGAGCCUCAUAAUCUGAGCUGUCAGGUGCAUUUUGGGUUCCAGAGGACCUUUGACCCAGUGGUCCAGUGGUGGAUCAGUUCCCAUAGUAACCAUGAAGGCAUGAUGAAACUGAUGGAGAUGGAAGCACAGCAGGUGUGGGAAAGGAGUAUUGAAGAGUUGGAGUUCACGGUCACCAGGACAGCUCAAAUCCCGGAGGUGACCCAGCUACACCUGGACUCCACCUUCACCUGUCUGGCCCAGAACUCUGUAGGCAACAGCAGCGCCACCAUCAGGCUUACAAGGAAAUCUGCAGUUUCCCGUGUGCUGGUGAUAGUGUGUCCGGUGGUGUCUCUGCUGUUUGUAGCUGGGAUGGGCAUUACAGUGCACGUCUACUGGCUAGAGAUCUCUAUUCUCUACAGAAUCUACCUCCCAUACAAACAGACCACCACAGACAACAAGGAAUAUGAUGCCUUUGUGUCCUACGUGCCCAGCUCUUCCUCUGAGGAGGCGGGGGGACGAGGAAGAGGAGGAAGAGAGGAGGCGCUGGAGGUGCUCCUGCCCAGGGUUCUGGAGGGGCAGUGGGGCUACCACCUCUUUCUGCUAGAGAGAGACCUGCUGCCGGGCGGAGCGUAUACAGAGGAUGUGGUGUGUGCGAUCCGCAGCAGCAGGCGACUGGUGUGUGUCCUGAGUCCUGACUACCUGGCCAGUACCUGUCUGUUUGAACUGGAGACAGGCAUCAGAGCCUUACAACAAGACCCACACUUCAGACUCAUCCUCAUCUGGACCAGCCCCAACCACAACCCCAGUCCUAGCCCCACCAUCCCCAACCCCAGUCCUAGCCCCACCAUCCCCAACCCCAGUCCUAGCCCCACCAUCCCCAGCCCCAACCCCACCAUCCCCAACCCCAGUCCUAGCCCCACCAUCCCCAGCCCCAGUCCUAGCCCCACCAUCCCCAGCCCCAGUCCUAGCCCCACCAUCCCCAACACCAGUCCUAGCCCCACCAUCCCCAACCCCAGUCCUAGCCCCACCAUCCCCAGCCCCAACCCCACCAUCCCCAACCCCAGUCCUAGCCCCACCAUCCCCAGCCCCAGUCCUAGCCCCACCAUCCCCAGCCCCAGUCCUAGCCCCACCAUCCCCAACACCAGUCCUAGCCCCACCAUCCCCAACCCCAGUCCUAGCCCCACCAUCCCCAACCCCAGUCCUAGCCCCACCAUCCCCAACCCCAGUCUUAGCCCCACCAUCCCCAACCCCAGCCCUACCAUCCCCAACCCCAGUCCUAGCCCCACCAUCCCCAACCCCAGUCCUAGCCCCACCAUCCCCAACCCCAGUCCUAGCCCCACCAUCCCCAACCCCAGUCCUAGCCCCACCAUCCCCAGCCCCAGUCCUAGCCCCACCAUCCCCAACACCAGUCCUAGCCCCACCAUCCCCAGCCCCAGUCCUAGCCCCACCAUCCCCAGCCCCAGUCCUAGCCCCACCAUCCCCAACCCCAGUCCUAGCCCCACCAUCCCCAACACCAGUCCUAGCCCCACCAUCCCCAACCCCAGUCCUAGCCCCACCAUCCCCAGCCCCAGUCCUAGCCCCAGCACCACCAGCCCAACCAGCAGCAGGCCUCUAUCUCUACCCCUGUCUCACACCCUGGGCAUGGUGACUCCAGCCUCACCGAUGCCCCCACUAGUUCGGAGGGCCAUCAGAGUCCUGCCUGCUCUGCACUGGACCCCCCAGGACCAGGGAAGGAUGAUAACUAGCUCCAACUCUGGAUCACGGUUCUGGAGAUCCCUCCACAAGGCCAUGCCAGCCCAGAGUGGGACUGGGACAGACACACAGACACUGUUAGACAGACACACAGACACCCAGGACAGAGGGACUGUUUUGUAGUCGUUAGGGCGGUUCUCCAGUAACUUGACACCUUGUAUAUAUAUUUUUUGGGGUUGAGGGACCUGUGGUUUCAUGGUUGUUGCUUCUAAGAAUGUGUCGUUACCUCCUGGAACCUGGUAACGUAGUGGUUACCAGUCAAAGCAGUGGUUCCUGGUAAAUAGCAGUCAAAGCAGUGGUUCCUGGUAAAUAGCAGUCAAUGCAGAUCCUGGGUGUAUUCUUUUUUCAGUAAUUGGUCUUUUAAACCAACCAGGUCAGGUUUUUUCUCCAAUAACUGUGCUAAAGAUCAGAGUCCUUAAAGCACACCGUAGCAUAAGGUUUUGGACCAUAGCAAAACCUUUUGGCAAACGGAAAAUGUUUUGCAACGAAAACUACUUUCUAUUGGACAAAUUCAGGUUCUGUCCCCGUUUCUCUUGCUUCUGUUGAGUUCUGUUUGUUUCCUAGUUAAUACACCCCAGAAGAGGUAGAGUAUUUAUUUAUAUUACAAACGAACUACAGUACAGAGAAGGACCUGACAUACUUGCAUAAGCUACAGUUAAAGACAGCUGUUGACAGCAGAAUAAUUAGUUUCCUUAUGUGAAGGAAAAAAUGCUUACGUCUUUCCAUUUUGAAAGAAUAUAAUGGCACAGAUCGAACAAUAAGAGCGAUAUUUCACCGGGUGUAUAAAUGUGAAGCAUUUAUUAGCAGUUCUGCCCACCACGGCUCAUUCAUUCCCCUUUUGAAACGACAGGGUGUGCUCUAUCUUGGUUUAGUUAUAACAAUCUUUGAUAAUUACUGUCCUCCGCUCCUCUUCUUAUACCCAGUAACAUCAUCAAGAUUGUCAUUGAGGCUUUACAUUAUUUAUGCAUUUGAAGAAUGUAUAUGAUACACUGGUAUGUGAAUUGUGGUUCAAUUGCUUUUUUUUGUUGUUGCAUAAAUAUCAUUAAAAAAUACAUUUCAUUUUGGAA